CUUUUGAUUGUAUAGAUUUGAGACGAUAAGGUGUUUAUUUAACUUCCUGGUUGGAAGAGAAGGCCAGGGAGAGGACAUUUAUAAGUUAAACCCUAAAUGUGACAGGACUAUGGCAUCAAAUUUUGAAUCCUCCAUUCAGAGGGGCUGUGAUUUCAUCCACGAUUUCGUCUGUUCCCCAUGCGAAGAAGAUGACUUGAACACGGAAGCUCAAUAUUUCUGUAAUCAGUGUACGAAAUAUUACUGCGUAAACUGUGUCCUAGUUCACAACAAGCUAUUCAAGAGACACUCGGUGCUCGACCGGACGGACAUGACGAAAUGGGCAGCAGCACCAGGGAUGGUGGACGUCCUCGAGAGAUGCGAGAGGCACCCCGGGGAGGCUCUCAAGCUGGUCUGUGGUGACCAUGACCAGCUGUGUUGUCCCGUGUGCGUUGCCAUGGAUCAUAGAAACAUGGAUCUACUGACCUCAACCCUCGAAUUCAUGCUGAACACCAUUUCUAGUGAAGAUGAACUGAUGAAUUUUGCCGCUACAUGGGGUAUUCAAGAGGCUUCAACUGUACGGUUACGACUUUUACAGAUACGAAAUCCUGAGUACGGUGGCACCUUUGUCAAUGAAGAACUUGACCUCAUACUUCAACAUUUUGGGGGAGCAUCUACAUCAACUGAUCAACAAAUUUCUUCUGCCAUGAAUGCCGAUUUAGACUUGGCAUUUGAUUAUGUUCAAGAACAAGAUGAAGUGGAGGGUGCCGUUCAAGCUAUUUUGUUUGACGAUGAAAUAGAAGAGGCAUCACAUGUUUGUGUUGAAGACGGCCCAUGGAGUCCGGUGACAGCUGUUCAAUGCGGAGCAGGAGACGAACCGGGUCCGUCCAAUAGAUCCGACCAUCUCCACAAGGCCCAUCACAUGAAUUGGAUACACCUAAACUAAAGUAUACUAUAAGAAAGAAAGGUGUGCGAACCUUUGCCAAAAAUGCGGCAAAGGAUACGACCUAUGAAGUCAAGAUAGAUGAAGAGUAUCACGGUCAACGUCUCCACGAUGUACGAAUUGGUCUUCACCAAAUGUUUGACGAUCUGUUAGGUCAGGCGCGGGGGAAUUUAGCGGGAAAUGAUUUGGGUAGGGUCAUCAUUCAUCACGGGGGACUCCACGAUCCGAUCAUUAUUCCAUUACAGAAAUGGAGUGAACUCUGUGCCGAUGUGGUCAUGUCUACUAUCGAAAAGGUACUUAAUAGUAACCAGGGGUUGGCUAUUGACUCAAGUUUUGAAAUAACUAUAGGAUCGAUCAAUUUACCCAAAGGAGGCACUAGACAAAGAAUCAUUAAACUUAAAGGAAAAAAUAAUUCUUUACAACUCAAAACUUCCAUCGUGACUAUAGAAAAUGAAGAUCAACUGUGUAUGGCCAGAGCUAUAGGGGUCAGCUGGGCAAAAUUAAAUAGAUGUUCACCGGAAGAAUGGAAAGAGAUUGUCAAAAACAGAGGAAAGAAAAGUAAUUUGGAACUGAUUCUGAAACACAACAAGGUUCCAAAAAGUUAUUUUUCGAAUUUGCUGAUAAACAAACGAAAUGAGCAGAGACAACUUGCAGUCAUACUCAGUCGAAUGGCGAAUGUACCUCUGGAUUGCCCAGCCAG